AUGAUUGCUCAAGAGCUUAUGCACAAGUUUAAGUUAGCUAAGGGGAAAAAAGGGAUGUUUGCUUGGAAGAUUGACCUCUCCAAAGCCUAUGAUAGGCUUAAUUGGGGCUUUAUUGAGUCUGUUCUCUUGGAAGUGGGGUUUCCUACUAGUUUUAUUCAGCUUAUUAUGCAGUGUGUGUCUAUUGUGAGAUAUCAUAUUUGCAUCAAUGGUGAACUGACUGACCCUUUUUCUCCUAGCAAUGGCAUUCGCCAAGGGGAUCCUCUAUCCCCUUACCUUUUUGUUCUUUGUAUUGAGAAACUGUCUCAUAUUAUUGUUGAUGUUGUUAAGAGAAAACUAUGGUACCAUAUCAAAACCUCUCAAAAUGGUCCUAGUGCGUCACAUUUGUUCUUUGCAGAUGACCUUAUGCUUUUUGUUGAAGCUACUCCCUGUCAAGCUCAUGUGAUGAAAGAUUGUUUGGAUUUAUUUUGUAGUGUUUCUGGUCAGACUGUGAAUUUCGCUAAGUCUGCAAUUUUUUGCUCACCAAAUACUUAUAAAGUGGUGGCGAAAGAGAUUGGCUCUCCCCUCACAAAGAAUUUGGAAAAAAUAUUUAGCUGGCAGAGCUACCCUUAUCCAAGCUGUCACAUCUUCCAUACUUGUGUAUACGAUCCAGGCUAUAAAGUUACCAGGAUUCAAGAAACUGCAAACAUGAAUAGGGCUCUUUUAGCAAAGAUUGGUUGGAGGAUGCGCACUCGUGAUCAAGGGCAUGAGCUCAAAUUUAUGAAAGGAAGGAAUGGUUUGGAGAGUGGGGAAUGGGGACAAGGUGAAUUUUGGAAGGACCAUUGGGUGGCUGAUCUCCCUUUGUUACAUUAUGCAGGGGUGCAGUCUGGGAUUUAUUUGGACUGCAAGGUCUCUAAUUUCUUUAAAGAAGGGUGGUGGGAUGUUGAGAAGUUAAGAACUGUUCUUGAUGAGGAUAUGGUGCAAAAGAUCACCUGCUUUCCUGUUGGUUUUGAAGGUAAGAGUCAAGAUGCUCAUAUAUGGAGGCCUACUUCUAAUGGCAUCUUUACUGUUAAAUCUGCUUUUCAGUUGAUCCAUGGUGGUUCUAAUUGGUAUGAUGCUUGUUGGAAGGGUUUGUGGAGUAUGUCUCUCUCUCCUAAGUUGAAAGUUUUCUUAUGGCUUGUUUUCCAAGGUAAGAUCCUAACUAAUGAGCAAAGAGUUAGGAGACAUUUGGCUUUGGACUCCUCUUGCUCUAUAUGUGGUUGGCACUCUGAAAAUAUCAUUCACACUCUUAAGAAUUGUGGGCGUGCUAAGGAGCUAUGUGGGAAGGGAGGUCCCUUUGGAAUACCAUGUUUGUUUUCACUUGUUGGUAUGUAUGGAAGUGGUGUAACCAACACAUUUUUAAUGAUGCUAAGGAAUGUGCCUAGAACACAAGUUAUGCUAAGGUGGGAGCCGCCUAGAAGUGGGUGCGUUAAGCUCAAUGUGGAUGGCACUUGCAUGAAUGCUUCUGGGAAGAUUGGUGCUUAUGGUGUGAUUAGAGAUUGCUUUCGGGAGUGGUGUGGAGGUUUUGCUGUGAAUUUGGGGAAGAGCCGUAUUUUGGAUGCUGAAAUCUGGGGUUUGUUGUUUGGCCUCCGAUUAGCAGUAGCAAAGGGCUUCACCAAGAUCCUCAUAGAAAUGGAUUCUCAUAUCGCUGUGAAUCUUUUCCAACAAAGGGGUUCUCUAUGUUUUCAUCCUCUAGCUGCUUUGCUCUCAAACUGUGAGAAGAUGCUUAUGCAAUUUGAGAGUUGGAAUAUCCAGCAUAUUUUCAAAGAGAAGAAUGGUUUGGCGGAUUGCCUUGCCAAAUGGGGCCAUAAUCUAGACUUGGAUAUUCAGUUUUUUGUUUCAACUCCUAUCUGGGCUAGCUUUGCGUUAGCUGAUGAUCUGUUGGGGGUCACUUGA